GUCGUGCUCGAGUGUGUCACGAGCCAUCGUCGUGCUGUUGCAAGAAGUUGCUGCCGUUACGUUAUUGAUUGUUGUGCCUGGUACUCGCCAUGAGUUCUAUUUUUCGUUCCGAGGAGAUGACUCUUUGUCAGAUUCUUCUUCAGUCGGAGUCAGCGUAUGCCAUCGUCAGCGAACUGGGAGAACUGGGCAUGGUUCAGUUUAGAGAUCUGAAUCCUGAUGUGAAUGCCUUCCAACGCAAGUUUGUCAAUGAAAUACGACGUUGUGAUGAAAUGGAAAGAAAACUCAGGUUUCUUAGAAAAGAAAUAGAGAAGGCUGGACUGCGCGUGAACGAACCGUCUGAGUUUCCAGAUGCUCCACAUCCCCAAGAGUUAAUAGAUCUUGAGACAAAGUUUGAACAGCUAGAGACAGAGAUGAAAGAAAUUAACACAAAUCAAGAUAAACUGAACAGAAACUUUUUGGAGUUGAUGGAACUCAAACAGAUUCUCUCUAGAACUGUAGACUUCUUUGAGGAGGCUGACUAUCGUCAAGAGUUUGCAGAAACAGAUGAAUCAGCUUUAUUGACUGAAGAAGGAAAGGCUACUGCUGGAAAUCUGGGGUUUGUGGCUGGUGUUAUUAAUAGGGAGAGGGUUCCUGGUUUUGAGCGUCUUUUGUGGAGAGCAUGUCGUGGUAAUGUUUUUCUUCGAUAUACUGAAAUAGAGAAUGCAAUGGAAGAUCCUGUCACUGGUCAGGAAGUGCACAAAUUUGUGUUUAUUAUUUUCUUUCAAGGAGACCAGCUCAGGUCACGAGUGAAGAAGAUUUGUGAAGGUUAUCGAGCUACUCUUUAUCCGUGUCCUGAGUCAGCUGCUGAACGUCGUGAGAUGACUAUGGGAGUUUCAACUCGUAUUGAAGAUCUCAGAACAGUUCUUGCUCAAACUCAAGAUCAUCGUUGUCGAGUUUUACAGACAGUAGCCAAGUCAUUGUGUGGAUGGGAAAUCAGGGUGAAGAAGAUCAAGGCUAUAUACCAUACUCUUGACCAGUGCAACUUUGAUUUGACAACUAAAUGUCUUAUUGGAGAGUGCUGGUGUCCAGUUGCUGAUCUAGAUGCCAUUCAGAGGGCUGUGAGACGAGGAACGGAACGUAGUGGUUCAUCAGUUCCAUCUGUGUUAAAUCGCAUUGACACUACAGAAUCUCCACCUACGUUUUUUCGAAACAACAAGUUUACUCAAGCUUUUCAAAACAUUGUAGAUGCUUAUGGAAUAGCAAAUUAUCGUGAAGUUAAUCCAGCCCUCUUUACCAUAAUUACAUUUCCAUUUUUGUUUGCUAUCAUGUUUGGUGAUUUUGGCCACGGUGUGCUUAUGGCCCUUGCUGCAUUUGCAAUGAUUCUCAUGGAAAAGAAGCUUUCAAAAUCAAAUCUUGGAGAAAUAUCUACCAUCUUUGAGGGCCGUUACAUCAUGUUUUUGAUGGGACUGUUUGCCAUGUAUACGGGACUUAUCUAUAACGAUUGUCUUUCAAAAGCAUUCAAUAUAUUUGGUUCGCACUGGAACUUUUCUUAUUCGAUAGAAAAAUUUGAAGGCUGGGAAAAAGCAAAGGAUGAAUUUGUUCAAUUAAGUCCUUGUACGAACUUUGAUAAUGGAAAUCCGUAUCCAUUUGGAAUGGAUCCAAUCUGGCAAGAACACUUGGCUGAGAAUUCUAUCACAUUUACUAACUCUUUCAAAAUGAAGAUGUCAAUUAUUGUUGGUGUAUCACAGAUGUUGUUUGGAAUUAUCCUCAGUCUCACUAAUCAUUUAUUCUUUCGUCGUUACAUCAACGUUGUUGCAGAAUUUAUUCCUCAGAUGCUCUUUCUGAUAUCAAUAUUUGGAUAUCUGUGCGUUCUUAUCAUCUAUAAGUGGAUUAUUGGAGGAUGCAUUAGCUCAGAAGAGUAUCAUGCUCCUCCCAGUCUCUUGAUUACAAUUAUCAACAUGUUCCUCAAUCUUAUAAAGCCAGAAUACAUUGAUAAACAAACGGGAGCUUUGUAUGAUGAAAGUGCUCAGAAAGGAGUUCAGUAUGUGUUGGUGUUUUGUGCUGUGAUAUCUGUACCUUGGAUGCUUCUUGUCAAACCAUUUUACCUCAAAUGGAGGCACAACAAACAGUUUCCAACUGGUUAUACAGAGUUUCCAGAGGACAACACAGUGGGGAUACCACAAAGUGAAGACGAUGAAGUUGUUCAUCAUGAUGGGCAGCCUUCAUCUCACUCUGGUCAUGAUGAAGAAAAGUUUGAGUUCAGUGAAGUUUUUAUCCAUCAAGCCAUCCAUACUAUUGAAUUCUGUCUUGGUUGCAUUUCUCACACAGCCUCAUACCUUCGGCUGUGGGCUCUUAGCCUUGCUCAUGCAGAGUUGUCUGCUGUUUUAUGGAAAAUGGUGUUCCAUUCUGUUCUACAAUUUGAAGGAGGCUUAGGCAUUAUUGCUACCUUCAUAGGAUUUACAGCUUGGGCUCUUCUGACUAUUGCUAUUUUGUUGGUGAUGGAAGGACUAUCAGCUUUCUUGCAUACCCUUCGUCUUCAUUGGGUGGAAUUCCAGAGUAAGUUCUAUGUAGGUGAAGGGUACAAGUUUGUGCCUUUUUCAUUUGAAGCCAUCUUGAAAGAAGAGGGCAACGAGUGACAAAGUUGAAGAGAACUAGCAGCUGUCUAUUGGAGCUCUGUUAUUGUUGUACUGAUGGAGUGUAUGGUGUCUGUUGCGUUGCUGACGUAUGUUGUAUUGAAAUUUUUGCUAAAAUCGUUAGUUGUCUAGGAAUAAUUACUGCCUUUAUGUUGAACUGAGCCCAUAUACACCUUGCUUAUAGUAUGGCUUUCAGAGGUAGUACACGUGGCACGAGAAGGCUGGAAAUCCUGUAGUUGGCUAUUUAAUUAGCGUCUUUUUUGAACAGAUCAACUAUAGAUCAUCUUUCUUUAAUGCUUGCAGGAGUCAUUAUAUUCAUUGAGAGACUCGUCAAUGCACUUUAUUAACAGAGCUGUCAGAAAUCA